AUGGUCACUAUUGGGGAACAUGUUGAGAGUGGGCUGAAAUCAGGAAAGAUAACAUACACGACCGCGCCGCAGACAGUCAACAAGAGACCGCAUGGGGGCUUCACAAAUAAAAAGGAGGGGGAAGCAAACGCUGUAAUGGUGAAGGCUCGUCCCCAAUAUCGAGUUACGACAACCCCUAUGCCAUAUUACCCAUACCAAUACAUUGCCGCAGCUCAAUACCAACAGCCAUCUUUCCAGUAUCAACCGCAGAGAGACAAUCGACAAUCAACAUCCACUCAGAGAAAUCCAAACCAACAAUAUAAUCGAGCACAGAAUCGAGGAAACAAUUUUGGGAACCGACCCCAGUUUGAAAAAAUUCCGGUGUUGUACUCCGAAUUAGUCCAUUGUCUAGUUCAUGUAGAGGAGAUCAUACCAAAGGAAUUUCCCGUGGCCACUCCUCCAUUCCACAACAACCACGAUCCUAAUGCUUCAUGCGCGUAUCGUGCCAGAUUCAUAGGGCACUCUACAGAAAAUUGUUGGGCACUUAAGUGCAAGAUUCAAGACUUGAUAAACCAGAACAUCCUGACCUUCUCCGAAGAAAACCCGAAUGUAAAGAUCAAUCCUUUGCCGAAUCAUAGUGGCACAUCAGUCAACGUCGUGAUUGAGGAGGUAAAUGCCGAAGUCGUACUAAAAGUUGAAGAGGUGAAGACUCCAAUGUCCGUUGUGUUACAAAAGCUUGAACAGUUUGGGUUUUUAGAAGAGGUGCAUGAAGAUUGUACAUUAUGCGAGUUUGAUCCAGAUAGUUGCGAGCAGUUGAAAGGGUGUGUGCAUGCACUAAUGGACCAAGGGUUAAUACAGUUCUCUAGAGCUCAAGCAGCAGAAGAGGUAGAGGAAAUUGAACCAAUAACUAUUAUAUACAGGAAGAAGAAGGUUGAAGCUCCUCCCAAGAGGACUCAGCCGAUCUAUUUCCGUGUUCCAACUCCGUUUCCGUAUCAAAAUACCAAGGCAGUGCCUUGGAAUUAUAAGACCACAAUGUAUUUGGGAGGGAAAAAAAUCCGCAUUCCUGAUACAAAGAUCGUCAACAUCGCUGGAGCGGGAGGCAUGACUCGAAGUGGCCGUGUGUUCGCUCCUAAAUUCACUCCUAGGGUGUCUCCAGCACCCACAGUUGUCUCACCUAAAGAGAAGGCAACUCCCAUGCUUACUCCGCAAGCAAAGACAACUGUACUUGCCACUCCGACCGUGACAACUGCUCUGGUAUUGACGAGAGUUAUUGACAAUGAUAAAGUUGCAGAGGCCGAAGUCUCCAAGGGGAAAGGGCUGAUGGUUGAAAAAGAACAGUCUGAUGAUCACAAGAAGAGUAUCACUUUUGAGGAAAGUCAGGAAUUCCUCAAACUGAUCAGAAAGAGUGACUUCAAGAUUGUUGAACAGUUGAAUCAGACGCCUUCCAAAAUAUCAAUUUUGUCUUUGCUAUUGAGUUUUGAGGCUCAUCGCAAAGCAUUGCUGAAAGUUCUAAAUGCUGCUCACGUGAUGCAAGAUAUCACGGUCGAUCAAUUUGACGACGUGGUUGCCAACAUCACCGCUAGUAGGUAUCUGGGAUUUAAUGAAGCAGAGUUACCUCCUAAGGGAAAGGCCCACAACAAAGCACUACAUAUUUCGGUCACAUGUACUGAAUCCCUCUUAUCCCGAGUCCUUGUUGAUAUUGGAUCCUUGCUUAAUGUAUUGCCAAAAUCUACAUUUAGUCAGUUACAGUUCAAGGGGCCCGAGAUGAGAACCAGUGAAUUGAUUGUUAGAGCUUUCGAUGGUUCCUGA